CACCCGCUAGCUCCGAUCACCUGUAGUGACCCAGUACCAAGGUAUGGUAUGUGCUCUGUGUGCUGCUGUACCUUAAACGAACAUUGUCGUUACAUUUACCACACUGGAGGGGCAAGUAUUACCAGUAUUAUAAAGAAAUGACACUCUUUUCUUCUCCUUCUACUUUUUCCUACUCUUUUUAAAGUCUAAUCAUCAAUCUUCCACGCUGGCAGGAAUACUUUGGUCACGAAGAUCGGUUCCUGGAACGGAUACCGCCGAUGCGACGACUCCUUCUCCGAGAUCAACAUCUCGUGAUAUCAUGACCGAACCUUCCGUUAAGCCCCAUUUGUCGCCGCAGUUUUGCUUCACAACCGGAGCACUCAGAGACUUUCUCCGAUUAUCCCGUAGCGCUAUAGACGACUCGAUAACACAGAACCUCAAUGCCCUUAUAACACCGGGUCGGUCGGGCUUUGAUCCCACCUCCACUUCUAUUCGAGCUCCUCGAACUUCGAGCCGAUCUAUUGAUCCUCACGCUUGCCAAGAAUUCAAGGACAAGGUCUUGUUUCCUUCUUGGCAAACAAGGACCGACGUCCUGACGUAUUGUGCUUAUGUAGCCACUAGUCCCGACCCGGAUGACCCUGAAGUCGCUUUGCGGGAAGCCGAGACGAAGAAGAAUCACGAGCAGGUGGUUGAUGAAAGGCUAGAUCCUUACUCGGCGCGAUAUUUCCCCCGGGAGCCUCGUACGGAGCAAUUGGCAGACCUCUUAAGGCAAGAACGGAGUAUUGAGCGCAUCGUUCGUUCUCGAACUUGGGGUUUGGUUCGGGAGCGAUGCGGUGAUGACUUCCAAGAUGCAGAGGAAGCUCUUAAUAAAUGGAAAAGGGGUAGAGAUGGUCGUCAUACAUGAUACCAAGCAAACAAUGCGUUUGCCUACCUUCCUAAGUACGUGUGAUACCCAGGUAGUCAUCUACCGAGUAUCUGUAUGGAUAUUCAGAUAUGACAGUUAAACUACUACUUUAUGUAGGAGGUGGACGGAGAUGUGCUUGCUACAUCCAUCACGGAUAUCACCUACUAUUUAUGUACGUACUUACAUAUGUUGUACAUAUCUUAUCUAUAUACACACUAGAUAUAUACCCUCGCCACUACAAUGUAAAAUAUUAGAGCCAUUGGAUGGUAACCUAACCUUAGUACUUACAUAGUAGUACGUAUAGUAAAAGUGGUGAAGUGUUCCAUUAUUAGAGGCAGAUUGGUGGAUUGAUUCUGCUCAAAGAUCGAAACUUGAAGGUUGAACUUUCAAGUUCCAAUAAACAUUGAAGUUGAACAUUAGAG